AUGGAAUACUUCAACUUCACAGACGCCUACUGCAUUAAAGUAAGUUUUUUGAUCUUAUCUAUGAGAGAGAGUUUGGGAAGAGUAUGUUUGAUAGCUGGAACUACUUCUAACGAUUUCCAGCAUUUCGGAUACGCCUUCAGUCCAGUCCUCCGAGUCAUGCAGCUCUACCAUGUCGUGAGCACCGUUCUGGCGAUUUGGGCCAUUCUUCAUUUCUUCCUCCGUUUCCGGGCUCACUUCGUCCUGCACCCAAACAUUCGAGUAAAUAUACUUCAUUCUUGCCACGAAAUGUGGUCAGGCUACUGUAGGAAAUUAUAAACCACUUCUUUUUUGCACAAUAUUUCGUGAUGAGAUAUUUUCCGAGAGCACUACAAUCCUUUUUAAUGAUAGCCCAAUCCAGAGAUGAAUCAAAUGUCUUCUAAAAAACAUCAAUCAUUUGCAGAUUCUGUUUACAUGCCAGUUCAUCGCCUGCUUGAUUCACUCGACGUUUCUCGGAGCUUUCCAAGUGAGUGAAGAAUGUGAAGGGCCGUGGGAAACGUUGGACUUGAGGCGCACCACUUCUACACAUCUUUGACGACGACGGAGCCGUGCGGAGUGAUCCUGGCGCCGUCGACCUAUCUGACGUUCCAGCUGCCGUUCGCCGUGUCGCUCUUCUGCAUCGAGUUCUCCGAGGUGAUGAUGCUGAUUGAGCGUUGCGUCGCAAGUUACUUCUUCGCCUACUACGAGAAGGUCGACACUCGUCUGGGCCAUCUUCUUCUUUUCUUUGCGGUCAGUCUUCUUUUCCUUCAAAAGGGAUAUUCCGAAGUAUUUCAGAUUUUCAUUCCAGCGAUGUUUGCCUACAUGAUUUACUCGGUGGAGACCUACGAAACUCCAUACGUGAGACUCUUUUUUUUAGAAAACUUCUAUGGGUCUUUCAAUCAGGUAUCUGCUCUGACGACUCCAAAAACUGCAGCCAACCUAAUCAACGGCCUCUUCUCUAUCUUAAUAUUCUUGAAUAUCUGCGGUUUGGUUAUUUCAUCUUAUCUCUAUCAUUACAACAAAAAGCAACAGAAAAGGUUGGUUCGACCUCAUUUCGGUCUCAAGAAAUCGAAGGAUCAGAGCUUCGUUCGUCUUAUCAUCGCGAUAUCAGUCCAAUGAGAACUUGACGUCUUCGAAAAUGUUGACGAUGCUGACAACCAUGCAGCUCGUUAUAUUCUUGGUUUACGGCGUUUCGCAGUUUUCUUUUCGCAUUUUCUUCACCAACGAGUUCUACGCUACCGACAUCGCUCAAUCUCUCAUCAUUCUGGGAUAUGUGAGUCAACUGAAAAGUACUUUAAAGUCGUGAUAGCUAUUUGUAUCAUUUGCUGUAGUGGAAUGGGGAGAGACUAGUUCUCAUCCGAUAUCAUUUCAGACUCCGCCCUUGUACUGCCUAGCGCUUCCACUUAUUUCCAUGAUAUUUAUCAAACAAUCCCAAAAAGAAAGAUCUUUCAACAUUCUAUCGUUAGUUCAGGUUUGCACCCAGUUUUUUUUGCCAAUAUGAUAAUUUCAUUUCGCAGGUGAAGUCGACGGGCCGAGAAGGCUGGAGGAACUACUCGCAGCAGUUGGCGCAACAGUGGAACUGA